CUAAACCAAGUGAUUCAAGCGAACUGUGAAGUUUAUUUUCGAAAUUUGAUAUAACAAAUUUAAAGUUGACAAUGUUUCGUGUAGUAUUAAAAAACUUUAUCCCUGCAAUAAACAGAAAAUCCCAACAAGAAAGCCCAGUUAGACUGCUUUCGGGAAAAAGAUUUUUAUCAAACUCAGUUGAAAAUGAUAAAUUUUCACUUAAACACGAUGAAAUCGGCCGACCACUUUAUUUCGAUGCACAAGCUACAACGCCAAUUGACCCUAGAGUUUUAGAUGCUAUGUUACCAUAUCUAGUAACCUAUCAUGGUAAUCCACAUUCAAGAACCCAUGCCUAUGGAUGGGAGAGUGAAGCUGCUGUUGAGAAAGCAAGAGAGCAAGUAGCUAAUUUAAUUCGGGCGGAUCCUAAAGAAAUAAUAUUCACAUCAGGAGCUACUGAGUCUAACAAUAUUUCUAUAAAAGGAGUUGCACGGUUUUAUGCACCACGAAAAAAGCAUAUUGUUACAACACAGAUUGAACACAAAUGUGUGUUAGAUUCUUGCAGAGUUCUAGAAGGAGAGGGUUUUAAAGUAACAUAUUUGCCAGUUGGACCAAACGGUAUAAUUAAAUUAGAAGAUUUAGAAGCUGCAUUAACACCUGAAACUAGUUUGGUAUCAAUUAUGACAGUAAAUAAUGAGAUUGGUGUCAAACAGCCUAUUGCAGACAUUGGAGCAAUAUGUAAGAAACAUAAAACAUACUUUCACACAGACUCCGCUCAGGCCAUUGGAAAAAUUCCACUGGAUGUGAAUGACAUGAACAUUGACUUAAUGUCAAUAUCUGGUCAUAAAGUUUAUGGGCCAAAAGGAGUUGGAGCUUUAUACAUUAGACGCAGGCCCAGAGUCCGAGUCGAGCCUAUACAGAGUGGUGGUGGUCAAGAAAGGGGUAUUAGAAGUGGUACAGUGCCUACUCCCUUAGUAGUUGGUUUAGGUGCAGCAUGUGAACUGUCAGAACGAGAAAUGGCAUACGACCAUGUACGGAUGGAAGAUUUAGCAAAGAGGUUUUUAGACAAAAUAAACUCCAAGUUGACACAUGUAAUCAGAAAUGGAGAUGAGAAACAUUCUUAUCCUGGCUGUCUUAAUUUAUCAUUUGCUUAUGUUGAAGGUGAAUCUUUAUUAAUGGCUUUAAAAGAUAUUGCUUUAUCAAGUGGCUCAGCAUGUACAUCAGCAUCUCUGGAACCAUCAUAUGUAUUAAGAGCUAUUGGAACAGAUGAGGAUCUAGCACAUAGUUCAAUAAGGUUUGGCUUAGGAAGAUUUACUACUAUGGACGAAAUAGAUUAUACAGCAGAGAAAACAAUAAGGCAUGUUCAACGUCUCAGAGAAAUGAGUCCCCUUUGGGAAAUGGUUCAAGAAGGAGUGGAUAUCAAAACUAUACAAUGGUCUCAGCACUAAAUGAAAGCAACUAUUGGAUCAUUAAUAUUACAAUGUUAGUCUCAAUCUAUAAUGAAAGUCUAAGAUUUUAAUAUUAGGGCCUGGAAUGUGAUAACUUAAUUUGUAGGUGAUUACAUAAUAUAAAAAUAUUCCGUAAGUAUAGGAUUUGAGUUGUAAAACAGUUAAAUAUAUGUAGUGCAUAUUCAUAAGAUGUAUAUUUCUCUACAUAGCAGAUUCCAUUUCUCAGAAGAAAUAUUUCAAUGUUCCGUGAGCGCUAAGGCUAUUAAAAGUACACCAUUCCUUAAAAUUCAGCCCAACACUAGCUAACUUAACUAAAUAAAAACUGAAUUGUUCAGUUAGAAACUAAAUAUUCUGUUAUAAAUUGUUGUUUUACGAAGAAAUUGUGUUUGGCUAUUUUAUUUUAGUUCUAAAGAUCUGAUUAAAAUUAUUGUUGGUGGGUGUUAACUUAUUUAAAAUUUGUUACGGAACAAACAAGUUUUAUUUGCAUAUCCAAUUUACACAAUAUCAUUUUGUUAUUUGUAAUUUAAAUACACAACAUAAUGUUACUUUGUUUUUAAUUCUUUUUAAAUGUAUUUAGCUGUUAUUAUGAGAAAUUUUAAAAUACUAUUUUAAGUAAAAAGUUACAGAAGCAGUAAAAAUAAAAGUUGUUGUAGAAACAUUGUAUUUUUUAUGUGAAAUAAUAUCAAUUACAAGAUUGCAUAAAUUAGAGUGACACUUAGGCCUAGUUUAAUAAAUAAAAUAAUACUAAAAUACAACCUUGAAAGACAUCUUAUGUAAAGAGGACUGUUAAAAUGUUAAAAUGUUUUUCAUAUUAAACAUUCUAUUGCACCAUGAUUAUGGGUUAUGAUAUAAUAUCAAAAUGUCAACCAAGAAAAAUAUCAUAACUUGAUAACAUAACAACUUACAUAAUUGAUAGUUUAUUACAAACAUAGCACAUACACAUAUAAAAUUUAUGCAUAUAUGUAUAAUAUUUCAGACAUAAAUUGUAAGCUAAAAUACUAAGUCUUAUAAAAGUUACAUUGCAUUUCAAGACGAAAUUAGCAACUGCAUGAUGGUUCCUCAGGAGAUUCAGGUUGAGAUAUUUUAAAACUGUUGUGGUCUAAAGCUUGGAGCUCAAUUCUUGAACGAUUUGACUCUACCAGUUGUGAUGCAAUGUCACUAAACAUCUCUUCGAUGCCUUUUCCGGUUUUGCAUGAUGUUUUAUAAAUGCUACUAAUAAGAUUGUGACAUUGUUCGC